AGCCUCCCUCCCAGGCUGGGUGUGGUUCCCCUCUCCCCUCCUGAGGCAGUCCACAGAGCUCCACACCACACUGGGAUCUGACCGACUAGCGACUAGCCUAGUGGACAAAGCCCUCAGCUCACAGACACGGUCUGUCUCCCCCGGGAAGAUGCCGAGGCUCACAGUGCUCGUCACUGCUCUGAGCACCUGCCUGGGCCUGCUGGCAGUGACAGCAACCGCAGGCCCAGAUCCUCUCCAAUUGGACACUCCCAACAGGCAGCUUGCUCACCGGCGCCAGAAGAGAGACUGGAUUUGGAACCAGAUGCACAUAGAUGAAGAAAAAAACAGCUCACUGCCCCAUUAUGUGGGCAAGAUCAAGUCAAGUGUGGUUCGCAAGAAUGCCAAGUACGUGCUCCAAGGAGACUCAGCUGGCAAGGUCUUCAGGGUCAAUGCGGAAACAGGGGAUGUGUAUGCCUUUGAGAGGCUGGACCGGGAGAAGAUCUCUGAGUAUCACCUCACGGCCCUCAUUGUGGACAAAGACACCAACAGAAACCUAGAGCCACCUUCCAGCUUCACAAUCAAAGUUCAUGAUGUAAAUGACCACUGGCCUGUGUUUACACGCAAGCUGUUCAAUGCGUCUGUGCCUGAGAUGUCACCUAUAGGGACCUCGGUCACCCGUGUGACAGCAGUGGAUGCAGAUGAUCCCACUGUGGCCGACCACACCACCAUCACGUACCAAGUCCUCAAAGGAGAAGAGCAUUUUGCAAUCGAUAAUUCUGGUCUCAUUUUCACGAUGGACAAAAACUUGGACCGAGAGAUGAAGUCCACAUACGAGAUUGUGAUAGAAGCAAGAGAUGCCCAGGGCCUGCGAGGGGAAUCAAGCACGGCCACCGUGCUGGUCACUCUGAAAGACAUCAAUGACAACUUCCCCAUCUUCACCAAGUCCACAUACAUAUUUACGGUGCCUGAAGAUAUCCGUGUGGGCACUCCCCUGGGCUCUCUCACUGUUGAGGACCCAGAUGAGCCCGAGAACCGGAAGACCAGAUACAGCAUCGUGCAGGGCGAGUACAGGGAUACCUUCGCCAUUGAGACAGACUCCAACCGCAACGAGGGGCACAUCAAGCCCAUGAAGCCUCUGGACUACGAACUCAUCCAACAAUACACGUUCUCCAUAGAAGCCACAGACCCGACAGUCAAACUUGGUUACCUGAGCAACACCUUGGGAAGAAACAAGGCCCGCAUCAUCAUCAACGUCACAGACGUGGAUGAGCCCCCUGUCUUCCAGAAGCCCUUCUACCACUUCCAGCUCCAGGAAAACCAGAAGAAACCUCUGAUUGGCUCUGUGAUGGCCAAAGACCCUGACCAGGCCCGGCGCAACAUCAGGUACUCUAUCCGCAAGACCAGUGACAAAGGCCAGUUCUUCCGAAUAACCAAACAGGGGGAUAUUUAUAAUGAAAAAGAGCUGGACAGAGAAAUCUACCCCUGGUAUAACCUGACUGUGGAAGCCAAUGAGCUGGAUAAUAAAGGUAUCCCCACAGGCAAAGAAUCCAUUGUGCAGGUCUACAUCCAAGUUUUGGAUGAGAAUGACAAUGCUCCAGAAUUUGCUGAGCCCUAUGAGCCCCAAGUGUGUGAGAAUGCUGCCCAGGGCCAGCUGGUGCUGAAGAUCUCUGCAACAGACAAGGAUAUAACACCACAAAAUGUCAAGUUCAAGUUCGCCCUGCGAUCUGAGGACAGCAACUUCACCCUCACGGAUAAUCAUGAUAACACCGCCAGCAUCAAGGUCAAGUAUGGGCAGUUUGAUCGGGAGCUCGCUAAGGUCCACUACCUGCCCAUGCUCAUCUCCGACAAUGGGACGCCCAGCCUGACCGGCACCGGCACGCUGACGGUGGUCGUGUGCAAGUGCAACGAGCAGGGCGAGUUCACCUUCUGUGAGGAGCUGGCGGCCCAGGCCGGAGUCAGCAUCCAGGCGCUGGUGGCCAUUUUCCUCUGCAUCCUCACCAUCACAGUCAUCGUCCUGCUCAUCGUGCUGCGGAGGCGGCUCCGGAAGCAGGCGCGCGCGCACGGCAAGAGCGUGCCCGAGAUCCACGAGCAGCUGGUGACCUACGACGAGGAGGGCGGCGGCGAGAUGGACACCACCAGCUACGACGUGUCGGUGCUCAACUCGGUGCGCCACGGGGCCGCGAAGCCCCCGAGGCCCGCGCUGGACGCCCGGCCGCCCGCGUGCGCCCAGAUGCAGAAGCCGCUGAGGCUGGAGCCUGCCGUCCACGGCGGGCCUGGGGAGAUGGCCACCAUGAUCGAGGUGAAGAAGGACGAGGCCGACCACGACGGCGGCGGGCCCCCCUACGACACGCUGCACAUCUACGGGUACGAGGGCUCCGAGUCCAUCGCGGAGUCACUCAGCUCACUGGGCACGGGCUCCUCUGACUCGGACAUGGACUAUGACCUUCUCAACGACUGGGGGCCCCGGUUCAAGAUGUUGGCUGAGCUGUACGGCUCCGACCCCCGAACGGAGAUGAUGUUCUAGGGGGUCACCGGCCACUGUGCCCGGGGACCCAAACCCACUUCAGCCCAAGCCAGACACCUGGUGCCACGCCUUCCAAGAGUGACAGCGACUCCCUAGCUCAGCACCCCUUCCUUCGUGGGUGCUAACCCCCACCCCCCCAGGGUAGCUAGCUCCAGGUCCCUGAAAUAUCCAGAGAGAUUUCUUGGAUGGCUACCCCCAAAUGCUAGAACAGUCAGGCCAGUGUUCUGACAGCCAACCACUGCUAUAUCACCCUGUCCGCCCGCCCCCCAAUCUAACCCCAAGCUCUCUCCUAUCUCCCCAAAGAUGCCAAGCAAAGCAGCUUAGAUUGAACUACUGGGAGGAGGGUCUUCUCCUGUGGUUCCCGACCCCUGAUGAGGCUGUUAUGAUCCCCAGGGUCGUCUGCCUGGAGGCAGAAGGCUGGGCAGCAUGACCUGUGGGGCAGGAACCUCUGCAGCCCUGUCCCAAGAGUGACUGCCCAUCCCAUGUGCCCUCAGAACCCCAGGCCCGCUGUGCCUCCCUCACACCUUCCCAGUGCCCAGGCCCGUGGAGGGAGGAAGGGGCCACAUGGCAACCCCUCACCUUGGGUCCUGAGAUGGUCCCCUGCCGUACUGAAUGCGCACCCGCUCAGACAACUUCAGGAAAGUGGCUUGCUCAGCUUGAAGCGACUGUGAAUUCAUCCUGGAGGGACCGAGGCACCGAAGGGUGAUGGUUCACAGAGUGAGGGCCACCUCCAGCCCACCUCCCACCAGGGUCUGGAGGAACUGAGACUCUGAUUUGACACUCACUGAUGCCCACCCAGGUUUGACUACAGGAGGCAGAAGUUUCUGGAGAAGAGCCCUCCCCAUCACUGCCUCACCUGAUUAUUCAUGGUCCGUCCCCCCCCCUGUCUGUCUAUCUAUCUAAAUCUAUCUAUCUCUUGACUUGGAGGCACUUAGGGUAUGUCCCUCAGCACGUCUGGCUAAUGCUCAAACACAACAGGACUGCGUUACAGAGCCUUUAUGCAUCGUGUGUAGCCACAUCUCAGGGAACCACCCUCAGGCACCCCCUGCGGAAGUCAAGGCCCCUACCCUGCCCAGGUUCGAUGGCAUCUGUGCAUCUCCCAUUUGACAGGGCAUGAAGAACUGUCCAUUGCAGUCAUGCCUGCAAAGGGUGACAUACAGACAGAUGGACAGGGCAGGGGACACACCUUUAUUGUGGCCUACCCAGGCAAGGCCCCUCACACUGCAGGGGAGUGUAGAUAACACGGACAUUAUUUUAACCUAUAAUUACUUUUUCAUAGUCAUGAUUUGUUUUUUACUAAUAAUACUUACAUGUUUCUAGCUCUCGCAAGUGUAGAAUAAGUAUUUCGGGGGGGUUCUUUUUUUGUUUGUUUGUUUUCAUAAGAUGCAGGUCGCUGUUUAGGUUAACAAUUUUAAUGCUGGGUUUUCCAUUUGAGUGAGCAAACCCUGUAACCUUCUGUUUCCUGUCAUUGUAGUAACUGCUUUAAAGAUAAUGAUUCCAUAUUGGCCACACUGGUGCAUGAGAUGUACUGUACUUUUUUAAUAUAUAUCUAAAUAAAGAGAUCUUGGAAUUCUUCCA